AUGAACGCUCAUCCAAGUUCAAGCAAUACGCCGGCCGAGUCCCAAGAUCCUUCAGAAACUUCAACUUUGGCCGACUUGCCGCAGCCCACCAAGCCAAUUCAGCCUCCUACGCACGCACCGGGCAGCCCAGAUCUCUCAUAUCCCUACCAGACCACCGACCUCCCCGAGGAAGUGGGCGAUGACGAGUAUCGCGAAGUUGCUAGGAGUGGCGUAGUCGCACCCAGCAGCGGUCUCCUCAACGCUGCAGCUCGACUACCCUCAAUUGACCCCGAGAAGGCGAGGCGCAUAAAAGAAGUCAAGCUUGUCGUUUUCAAACCGAACGACCCGGAGGACCCGAGGACAUGGAGCCGUCGUUAUCGUUGGUACUUAACAGGCCUGGUCGCCAUGGCCGUAGUCUGCGCUGCGUUUGGCUCCGCCGUCGUCACUGGCGAUUUUGAGGACAUCGAAUCCGAGUUUGGCGUCAGCGAAGUCACAACGGCGCUCACGGUCUCCUUGAUGGUUUGCGGCUUUGGUAUCGGACCUUUGGCAUGGGGACCACUCAGUGAGAUGUACGGGCGCCGGUGGCUUUGGGUCUCUUCCUUCUGGAUCUAUACCAUCUUCAAUAUACAAUGCGGGUUAGCCCAGAACAUUGGAACGCUCCUCUCUGGACGCUUUCUAUGUGGACUCUUUGCCAGUAGCGCGCUUGUCAUUGCUGGAGGUACUAUCUCAGAUAUCUGGGACAACAACGAGCGCGGCUUUGCUAUUGCACUCUUCGCCGCGGCGCCCUACGGUGGACCAGUAAUUGGUCCCAUUGUCGGUGGAUUUGUUGGUGAAACUGUUGGGUGGAGAGAUAUCAUCUGGGUCAAUUUGGCCUUUGCCGGGGCGGUCUCGGUCCUAUUGACCUUCAUUCCGGAAACGUACGCUCCAGUGAUCUUGAAACGACGCGCGCGCAAGCUCCGCGAGAAAACAGGCCUCGAUACGUACGUGACAGAGCAAGAGCUUUUCCCGCGGCCCUUUUCGGAGAUCAUUGUUGAAACUCUCAUUCGGCCCUUCUAUAUGCUCGCCACCGAGCCUAUCCUCCUCCUUAUCUCUUUGUACAUCGCGAUCAUCUAUGGCUUGCUCUAUGCCUACUUCUUCUCUUUCCCGGUCGUAUUCGGUGAGGACUACCAAUGGAACGACGGCCUAGUGGGUCUGGCGUUCUGUCCCAUCCUGAUUGGCGUAGCGUUGGCCCUCGCGUUCACGCCGAUCCUUGAAAGAAGGUUUCUCAAGCAGGUCGAAAAGAAGGGAGGCAAAGCUGACCCCGAAGACCGCCUGCCCGGCAUGAUGAUCGCUGCCCCGUGGAUCCCGAUAUCGCUCUUUAUCUUCGCGUGGACUUCACCUCCCAUCGUCCAACCUGGUGGAGGUAACUGGGUUGGGCCGGUGAGCGCGGGUAUCCCUUUCGGAUUCGGGAUGGUCGUCGUAUACUUCAGUGCAAACGCGUACCUGAUAGACACCUUCGGGUCCUGCGUGGCUUCCGCGCUAGCCGCCAAAACCGUCAUUCGUAGCGGUCUUGGGGCGGCUAUGCCUCUAUUCAUGGUUGCAAUGUUCCAUAAUCUGGGCAACGAAUGGGCAGCGACGUUGCUCGCCUUCCUAGCACUGAUGAUCGUCCCCAUUCCAUUCGUCUUCUACUUUUACGGCGCAAAAAUUCGGGCGCGCUCCAAGCUUGCCUCGGCUGCUUGA